AUGAAGUUCACAUCACAUGCAGCUUUAAUCUUCUUUUUUAUAUCAAAAGCAACUGCAGGCUUGAUAUCAGGAAACCUGUCACAAUGUGAGAACUUUCAUUACCAAGCAAAAGUACACGGAAAAACGUUUCGAAAUGUUUUAAUAAAACGCGGGGAUUACAUAAUUCAGGGAAUUGUGCCACUGAGUUCAACAAGCACAAAUUGCACGUUAAUAAAGCAAAAUGGUUUGGUUUCAAUGAUGUCGCUGCAAUUUGCAAUCGAGAGGGUGCACGCAACAUCAGAUUUCUUCAAUGCAAGUUCCUUUGGAUACCAUAUUGAUGAUAGCUGUAACAGCGUACCAACUGUAAUGUCAAGUGCCAUUGAGAUUGUCUCUCAGUUUAGAAACGAAUCUGUUUGCAAAUCAAGAACAUGUUCGGAUGAGUCUGCUGAAGUGAAGGCUGUUACUGCCGUGGUAGGACCAUACCAGUCAUUCACGUCCAUUCCAUUCUCAAGUUUGUUAGGGCUGUUCAAAGUGCCGAUCGUGAGCCCUUCAGCAUCAAGCAGGCUGUUGAGUAAAAAGGACCUUUAUAAGUCGUUCUUUAGGAUAAUUCCCUCCGAUGUCGUCCAAGCCAAAGUAAUUGCAGAGCUGCUUAAACGGUUUGGAUGGAACUACAUCUAUGCCAUUGGCAGUGAUGACAAUUAUGGCAAGUUGGGGAUUAGUAUAUUGAAAGGAUACAGAGAAGAGUUUGACUUCUGCAUCGUUGCUGAUGAGUAUAUACCGUUUAUGACAGAUAAUAUGGAAGCAAAGGCCGUUGAGAUAGUGCAAGAAAUUUCAAAACACGAUAACGCAAAGGUAGUGGUAUUCUUUGGUUACAAUGCACAGAUUGAAUUGAUAUUAUCAAAGGCUGAGAGAAACAACGUUGAGAGAAUCUGGAUGAUGAGUGACGCGUUUCAGAUGAUUGGAAAUGGACCGAUGAAUGUGACCGAAAAGUCUCUAAUUGGUAUAUUGAAAGUAGCACCAAAAAGUAUCCAAGUUGAAGGACUUCGGGGAUUUAUCGCCAAAGAAAUCGAGAAUAACUCUCAUUGUAAUAUAUUUUUAAAAAUGUUCAUGCAGCAACGAUUUGGUUGCAAAUUUGAAAAGUCAUCGGUUUACUGUCCCAAUGAAACAAGCCAAAGCAUGGCUGACAAAAUGACGCAGCUAGAAACGAGCCUUUUUGGAAACACAAUCGAUGCUUUCAAGUCAAUAACGACUGCAUUGAAACUACUGCUUACAGACAAAUGCAGCGAUGCAAAAGGUAGAGUGAGAUGUCCGGCCGGUUGGUCUCUUGACCCAAGAUGGCUAACUGAAUACCUAUUCAAAGUGAACUUCACUAACAUAAACGGUGAUACCUUUAAUUUUGAUGCAAGCGGAGAUCCAAAAUCGCCUUAUUAUGAUAUCAGUAAUAUACAAAAGGUUGGAAAUGAACUUCGCAUGGUAAAGGUGGGGCAAUGGGAUCCCUUGAAGAAACUCAAUUUAGAUUUAGGCCGUAUUGUCUGGCCGUUAUGGGCAGGAAACACGACGCCGUUAUCGACAUGCAGCAAUGACUGUCCAGAAGGUUACUUUAUAUCAGCAAGAACAGAGUGUUGCUGGAGUUGUGAGUUUUGCUUUAAAAAUUCGAUAAGCACGGAGAAAAACGCGGAGAAUUGCACCCAGUGUCCGGAAGAUUACAUUUCUAAUACCGCGCGUACUGAAUGCGUGAAGUACAUUUUCACAUACUUGAAGCUGACCGAUGUCGCUGGAAUAUCUAUAACCGUUGUCAAUAUAAUUGGAAUGCUCUUGUGCUUAUUAGUCAUUGCCGGUUACCGCAUUCUGAAAAAUACGAAUCUUCUCACGCGGGGCACGCGGAUGGCGCACGUUGAGUUUUUCUCAAUGUUACAACUGUUGUUCUCAUUCACAUACGGAAUUCUUUUAUUACUAAAACGUUCAGAUAACUACUGCAAUAUUGCGGUGGGCGGAAUGUACUUGCUUAAGACCGGCUUCGCAAUUCUAAUACUUGCGAGGACGCAACUUUUUGUUACGUUGAUUCAAAAGCAUAUAGUACUUACAGUUGGAAUCUCCUUGCAGCGUGCUCAUUUGGCAUCAAUGGUGGCAUUAGCAAUAAUACAGCUUGCGCUAACUAUAGUCUGCUGCGUAAUGGACCCGGUCAAGAUGGUGGAGAACAAGCGCAAAAGCGAACACAUUGUGUCUAUAGACUGCACAUUUGAUUACACGACAAUGCAGGCUGUAACACUACUCGUUUAUCCGCACGUGCUGCUUUUGGUUGCAACGAUCAUCGCAGUCCGUGAGAGGGGAAAGAAGCACGCGUAUAGUCAGGCAAAAUUUCUGAACUUUGUAGCAAUAGCACACUGCAUAGUUUCAGUUGCCUUCUUUCCAACGUACAAAUACGUAAUAGGAAUUUACAGGACGAUCGUUAUGGCCUUUAAAAUCGACGUAUGUGCAUUCACAUACAUGAGCUGUCUUCUACUGCCGCAACUAUACAUUGCUUAUACGGAAAAGAACAGAAUAUCAUCGCCGAAGGAAGACGCAACAGCAACUGAUAUAUCAAUGGGAGAUAUAAACAAAGAAAGACUGCAAGUGAAUGAAAUGGAAAGCUAG